AUGGACUAUUUCAAUACAUAUCAUUUCUUCUACUAGUUUUAAAAGCUAUGAUUCCUAUGUAAUAUUAAUGUUGCCGAUGACUUAUUUUUCAAAGUGAUAACAGUCUCCCGUACACUGUGGUUGUUAAUUUUUGAUUUAGAUUAAUCCAAAAGCUAAAAUGCAUCAAUUAUGAUUCACUAUAUAUUUUUGUACUUCAAUACUCGAAUUUUUUACAAUUAUUCGCCCAUAAUUCAAUAUUUAUCUCUCAUAAGUACCCAUAAAAACUUUAGUAUCGAGGUAAAUUUCAAAUUCUAAUUAGGAAAUUUACAUAUGUAUCAUAAUGGAAGUUAUAUUUGAUGAAUCAGAUGUGCAUUGCAAGCCAAAUGCACUUGUUGGAAAUUUUGGAUGGUUUUUGCAGGGUCUAUUGGCUACGCUGGCAUUUCUUUGUUUGAUUGUAAAACGAUUUUGUGAACCUAAGUAUGAUCGACGGCCUUGGAAAGUAUGGUUUUUCGAUACUUCUAAACAAGGUAUGGGAUCUUUACUUAUGCAUUCAGCAAAUUUAUUUUUGGCUGGCCAAAUAGCAGGUGAUCCAUGCACUUGGUAUAUGAUACAUUUUUUAUUGGAUUCAUCACUUGGUCUUCUAUUGAUAUUUUUUGGCAUACGAUUUUCUCAACAUAUUGCACGAGUUAAAAAUUUGGAAUCAUUUAAUUUUGGAGAAUAUGGAAAACCAGAAUCUGUUAGAAUUUGGCUUAUUCAAUGUGGUUUAUAUAUGUCACUUUUAUGUUGCGUUAAAAUUUUUAUUACAUUGUUAAUUUCAUUAGACAUAUGGCAAGUAAUCACAAAAUUUAUAAUGUCACCCUUCACUGACCCAAGGACUGAAUUAACUAUAGUCAUGCUUAUCAUACCUUUAUUUAUAAAUGCUCUCAUGUUUUGGGUGACUGAUGACAUAUUAAUGCAUAGAAGUCGCCAUCGAAUUGGUUUGUUACGUCGCAUAAAAAUACAAUAUCAUAAAGUUCAACAAAGUGGUCGGCUUGAAGAUUCUGCUGCUUCUGAUGAUGAAGAAUUGCUCAAUAUAGAUGAAACAUCUACAAUUCUACGACCUAGUGGAGUUCAGGGUUUUUAAAAUACUUAUGAAAUUUUUUUAUUUUAAAUAUUUAUGCACUAUUAGAUAAGGGUAUCUCAUGAGGACUUUUACUUUGAAGAAGAAAGUUAAAAUACUUAACUAUUUUAAUUUAGUAAAUAUUUGUGGGACACCCUAUACAUUUAAAUUUUUAAU